CGAUGACAUUUCCUUUAUGGGAGAAUAGGCUGCGGGAGGUAGAGGGUGGAACCGGAAGCUCGGACUGAGUUUCGGAGUUUCCUCGAGCGAAUUCGAUUGCGACUUGGAAGGAAGGACGAAGAGCGGAAGGUAGGGAGCGCUGAUGGCGUCUGGAUUCGGGAUCCAUGGAGGAAAGGGCCGUUGCUACGACACCUGGAUGGACUUCAGCGAGUGUAUGUCCCGUUGCGCCGUGCCCGGCGAUUGUGCUGCCUUGAGGGAUGACUACUUCGAGUGUUUGCACCACCGGAAAGAGUAUUCACGAAUCAAUGCCAUCAACAAGGAGAAAGAAAGGCAAGCCGCAUUACAUAAAGACGGAGGAAAAGACCAGAAGGCGGGCCAUCAUUAGCUGAUUGGUCAGCUGGUGGAUAAUUAUACGAAUUAUCUGGGAGAAACAUUCUGACACCUGCAGUCUGUCGAUCUUACUCCAUGGUCAGCUCAUUGCAGUGAUUAAUAGCUGGUUGGUUUCUCGCAUGGAAGCAAGUGCGUGAUGAACAUAUGCUUUGAAACCGAAUACAAAGUCUGUACUUACCAUUAUCUCCACAUCGAUUGCAUAAGAGGACGCUGUUUGUGCAGGGUCCAUAGAUUGUUUUGGUUCAAUCCAAUAAGUUUUAGAUAAGACAUGAAAAUCCUGAAAGUUCGGCCUUUGGAAGGGUUAGAUUCUUGAGUAUCCACUGGCUUUUUGGGGGCACCGAUCAAACAACCCCCAAAAUGAUCAAUUUUUGGAUUCCUAUCUUUCUCAAUCCAAGUCUCCAGUUCUCUUGAGCAUAAACUCUGCAAUUUUAUUAUUCACGAGUUCUAUUAUCGAGUGCGAGGGCUCGACUUGUCACUUGUUUGUGCCCACGACACUUACUGAUGACUAUCGAAGGAGAUCUGAAGAUGCAUACAAGCAGUUCAUGAAAAUACUGCAGGUAUACAUCGUUGUCAAGCUGCGUGAUCAAAAGAAAAUCAUAGAGCUGUUUCUUCUUAUGGAUCUACAGACUAGACUGCGGAGGGCAAGUGAUUUGCUAUGAUACUGAUGAAAGGCAGAGAUGUAACAGGGACCGAGUUGACCUCACUUCCUUUAGUCAAUGUAAGUGUUUUGCUUGUAAGCGGGCCCUGCUUUUGCGAUUCA